GGCUGUUAAGGUGAUAAACCCGUGGAUUGUCUCACUGAAGGAGGUAGUUUUUCUGCCUGUAUCAAAAUAUUGGAGAGCUUUGGGGAAUCCAGGAUGGCAAGGCAGAUGUGAAGUCACUCAUGGCGAAAUUUAACGCGGGUAACAGCCCCACAGAGGACGUUUCUGGUAACAAUCGACCCUUCAAAGUCCCAGGACAACCUAUCCAAACGGGAUUACAGUCGAGGAAAGCAGCACUUGAGAAAUUUGCAAGUCAAGGAAAUGCAACUUCUACUUCAGCACCCAGUACAUUUCACAAACCUCUUCAUCCUAAGCCUCCUCUGGGGGUCAAGCCGUCAACUGAUGAUAAAACAGAGAAGGAUCCAAAGCCUCCAUAUUUGAAACCAGUGGCACAAAGGUUUGGAGUUCAGCUUCAGGCAACUAACAGAGAAAAUGAUGGAAAAGCUGGAUGCACUAAACCACCCACAAAACCCAGUGACUUGGCAAAAGAAGAGCCAAAGCCUCUGUAUCCAAAACCUGCAGGGAACAAGUUCCUUAACUCUGGUCCUCAUGAGAAAGAAAAAAAUCCUCUGGGAACAAAACCAAAUCCAAAUUUUGCACCACAGGAGAGUGAGGUAAAACCAACAUUUUCAAAAGUAACUGAAGUUAAGGAAAAGUUCAUGUCUGCAACACAAGAAAAUGAGCCCAAGCCUCCUUUCUCUAAACCACCUCUUGCACAGAAACCUUCUCUAAACCAGGAGGUCUCCCACAAUGAAGACACUUCUAAUAAAAAUGUUUUUCUGCAAAAAGGACUAUCAGGGCCUAGACCAAAUAUACACUCAUUUAAAGUAGCAAAGGAAAUGGAUGAAAAUAGUAACUCUGCUGCAGAAGCUGCAGGCAGUCAUUUUUCUAACACGGCUCUGAAGCCUACUGGUCACUGGUCCAGCUCAUCUCAAGGCACCCCCAAAAACACAGAGGAAAAAACUGAAGAAAAAGGAGUGAGUGCUGCCAGGAACAUCUUUCUCAACAAAAUCAUCCAGGAAGAAUCAGGUUCUUCUCCUCCUAAGUUCCAUAAAAUGAAUACAGCACUUGCUGCAGGAAAGCCAUCAGGUGGAUUGCAAGAGAAAGAGGAUGGGGACAGGAACUCAGGAACCCCCAAGCGGAAAGCCUUGCCCCCACUGUUCAAGCUGGGCCAGCCCCCGCAGAAGCCCAGCAGACCCCCCAGCGUGGACCUGGAAAGGUUCCGGAAGAACAGCCCAAAAGACAGCCCUAAAAAUGAAGGUUUGAAACAGAUAGCACCUGCCUCAGCAGCACUCGCCCCACCUGUACCUCCACCACACUCUGCUACGCAGUUGCCACCUCCUCCACCAGUCUCUCACCCAUCCCUGCAGUCCCCAGCAGCUCCCAGCCUGCCUCCCAGAAACAUCAAGCCCAGCUCUGAAACAAUAAGUCCAGACAAUGAAGAAAAUUAUGAUGAUGUUGAAUUUGUUUCACAGGGUAAGAUGGGUCAUGGAAAUACAGAGGGGGGCCAAGAAAGUGAUGGAGAGAUGUAUGAAGACAUAAAUGAUAUCAGAUCAUCAAGAGGAAAAGAGAAGAAGCGGGACAAGGAAGAAAAGAAACGAAUGGACCAAGAGAAGAAAGAACAAAAAGAAAAAGAAAAGAAAGAGCAGGAAAUAAGAAAGAAGUUCAAAUUAACAGGACCCAUCCAAGUCCUUCAUCAGGCACGAGUUUGUGUUGACCACAAGGGAGGGAAGAAUGAGCUGAGUGUCAAACAGGGCGAUGAGAUUGAAAUAAUUCGCCUCACAGACAACCCAGAAGGAAAGUGGCUGGGCAGGAUAAAAGGAUGUUAUGGAUAUAUUAAAACAACCAUGGUUGAGAUUGACUAUGAUUCUUUAAGAAGAAAGCAACAACCAUCUACCAGAGCUGCUGUGAAACAUUCAGAGAGUGACCAAGAAGUGUAUGAUGAUGUUGGAGAGCAGGACGGUAUCAGCAGCCAGCUUGGUGGCCAAAGUGGAGCUGGACAGAUGUUCCCACUUCCUCCUUCGGAUCAAGAAAUUUAUGAUGGGAUUGAUGAUGAAGAUACUGUAACUGGGUCUGUAUCGCAGGAUGAAGAUAAGAAUGGUAUCUGGUCCUGGGGAAUCUUGAAGAGGCUAAAGGUCAAAGAUGACAAAAAGAAAAGUGUACGAGAAAAAACAACCAAAGUCAAUGGGGCAGAAGAUAAUGGAGAUUUGUUCAUGUCUCCUUCAAGAAAGCAGUUUGGAAAAGAUUGUGGAGACAAUGAUGUUUAUGAUGACGUAGAUUCUUCAGACUUCCCUCCUCCACCGCCUGAACUCAAUUCAUCAAAAUCAGCAAGCCUUGGAAAAUGUAAAUCAGAUGAAAAAGAUGCACAAAAGCUUAAAAAGAUGGAAAGAGAAGAGAAAGAGUUCAGAAAAAAGUUCAAAUUUGAAGGUGAAAUUAAAGUUCUUUACUCUACCACCACAGUCCAGGAUUUGCCCCAGAGAAGAUGGGGACCUAAAGACUUACAAGUUAAACCAGGGGAGUCUCUUGAAAUUAUAGAAAGUACAGAUGAUACCAAGGUCCUGUGCAGGAAUGAAGAAGGAAAAUAUGGCUAUGUUCAGAGAAGCAAUUUAGUUGAGAAUGAUGGAGAGAUUUACGAUGAUAUUGGUGAUGAUUGCAUUUAUGAUAAUGACUGA